UCCUUGCUCUUUACUGGGUCUAUUAGACCGUUGCAAAAUCAAAUUUUUAAUUGGAAAAAGUACCGAAGCUCGAAGAAACUACAAAAGCUAUGAAUCAAUCGAUAAACCUCAAAUUCAUCAACAAUGGCAGAGACCAACGGCUCCCUGCCUCAAACCCACCAACAAAAUCCAAUGCUCCAAUCUCUCUUCCAAGCCCUCGACCCCAUAUCACUCAUCCGCUCUCAGAACUCAAGCUCCAAUCAACCCGUUCCUCUGUGGCUCAUCACGGAGGGCUUUAUCAUGGAGAGAGGCCCCAGAUAUCGAGCAUAUGCUGAGCUGAGAGAGGCAAAGCUAAGAAUGAAUCAAAGAAAGCAACAAGAACCGGAACAGUUUGAGCCAAAGCUAACCCCUCCGAAGAAACAGGUCAAAUUUCAAGCGAAUUUGGUCUCUAGGCCUAAAGGGUCCUCGUCCAUUCUUGCGCAGUCAGUACCGGAUUUCUCAGCGGCAUUACGGAAAGAGAACCGGAAGCCAGUGACGACACUUCCGUCAGUGCUCGAGAUGACGCCACCAUCAAAGAACUGGUCCAAAGUAAACGGCGUCUUGUCGAACUCGAGAGGGAGUAAGUCGGCAAGUGCAGGGGAAAAGAGGGGUGGUGGUGCUGGUGGAUUAAUGGCAAGGAAGAGCUAUGCAAGUGUUGAGGAAUUGAAGGGGCUGUCCUCGACCGCCGCGAAUGCCAUUAAUGGAGAAAACAGGAGAGGGAGGAGCAGUAGAGGGGUGGCUAAGACUGUUUUGGGGUACAGACAGUUUUGAAUCCGGUGCUGGUGGAGGUUUUAAUUUUUAUAUAGGAUACGUCAUUUUUUCUUUCCUUCCUUUAUUUUGUUAAAUUGGGUUUGUUUCACCGAGAGCUUUUUAGAGUAAUCUUCCAUUGCUUUCUCGAGAGGCUGAAGAUGAAUUUAUUUCUAUUUUUUCGCUCUGUUGCUUCAUAAGAGUGCAAACCUCCAGAUGUGACUGAGAUCAUGAUUGUAAUAUACUAAAGGAUGUCCCACGGACUUCUGUUCUUGCGUAA